AUGGUUAGGUUUACAGAAUUCAUGUUUGCGUUUUUCAACAACCGAUGGCUGGUAUUUGUGGUAGCAAUGUGGGUACAAUCAUGUGCCGGCAUCGGAUACUUAUUCGGAAGUUUAUCGCCCAUCAUUAAGACCUCUUUAAAUUACAAUCAGAGGCAGGUCGCAAGGUUGGGUGUAGCCAAGGAUCUCGGAGAUAGUGUUGGCUUUUUGGCCGGAACUCUCUCCGAGAUAUUACCCUUAUGGGCUGUCCUUCUUGUUGGUGCAAUCAAGAACUUUAUUGGGUAUGGUUGGGUCUGGCUCAUUGCCACCCAUAGAGUACCGACGUUGCCGUUGUGGGUUAUGUGCAUUCUGAUAUUUGUUGGAACGAAUGGUGAGACCUACUUCAACACAGUAGCAUUAGUGUCAUGCGUUCAAAACUUCCCAAGAAGUCGAGGGCCUGUGGUUGGAAUACUCAAGGGAUUUGCAGGGUUGGGUGGUGCAAUUUUGACCCAGAUAUACGCAUCAAUCAAUUGGCCUGAUCGUGCCUCACUCCUUUUUAUGGUUGCAGUGGGGCCAUCUAUGGUGGUUAUAACUCUUAUGUUUAUUGUCAGGCCAGUUGGUGGUCAUAGACAGCUCCGAUCAUUGGACGCAUCGAGUUUCUCAUUCGUUUAUUGUGUGUGCCUCAUUUUGGCUGCUUAUUUAAUGGGGAUUAUGUUGGUGCAAGAUUUGUUUGAUCUGAACCAAACCAUAGUUAAGAUUUUGACACUGGUUUUAUUCUUGCUAUUGGUAGCUCCAAUCAUGAUUCCUAUACGAAUGACCCUUUCCUUGGAUCCAAUGGACUCAAAAGAAGAAUCUCUUCUAGCCAGUCCACAAACCCCAAAAUCAAAAUCUGAGCCAGAUCCUAAUGAUGUUAUAUUCAGUGAGCUGGAAGACGAGAAGCCUCAGGAAGUGGACUUGCUUCCUGCUAGUGAAAGGCAAAAGCAAAUUGCAAAACUACAAGCAAAGUUGGCCCAAGCAGUUGCAAUAGGGGCUGUUAGAGUUAAGAGGAGAAGAGGGCCACACAGAGGGGAAGACUUCACCUUGGCACAGGCUCUCGUAAAGGCAGAUUUUUGGCUUAUCUUCUGGUCACUUCUACUAGGAUCUGGUUCGGGUUUGACAGUGAUUGAUAACUUGGGCCAGAUGAGUCAGUCUUUAGGAUAUGAGAAAGCACACAUAUUUGUUUCUAUGAUCAGCAUUUGGAACUUCUUAGGACGUGUUGGUGGGGGGUAUUUCUCAGAGGUCAUUGUCAGAGAGUAUGCUUAUCCAAGGCCAAUAGCAAUGGGUGUUGCACAGGCAAUAAUGGCAAUUGGUCAUUUAUUCUUUGCAAUGGGUUGGCCUGGUGCAAUGUACAUUGGUACUUUAUUGAUCGGUGUAGGGUAUGGAGCACAUUGGGCUAUUGUACCAGCGGCUGCCUCAGAACUGUUUGGACUAAAGAAGUUUGGAGCUUUAUACAAUUUUCUGACCCUUGCAAACCCUGCUGGUUCCCUGGUCUUCUCAGGCUUCCUUGCCAGUUCUAUAUAUGACGCAGAGGCACAAAAGCAAGCUCAACAAAGGAAUCAACGCCUUGAAAAUUCUUCAACAAAGCUUUUUGUUGGGGAUGAGCCACUCAAGUGUGAGGGUUCGGUAUGUUUUUGUCUCACUUUCUUUAUCAUGUCUGGACUAUGUAUCACAGCCGUGAUCUUAAGCACAAUACUGGUGCGUCGAACCAAGGUUGUCUACCAACAUCUCUAUGGAAAAACCCAAAAAACAUCAAAUUCAACUUAA